AUGACUGAUAUAGACUUAAGAGAUAACUUUAUCAAAUCAUACAAAUUUAUCUCUAUGUUUAUAUGUUAUCCAAUCAAAACUGUCAUUAGAUUUUAGUAAAAGCAUGGAACACUUUUACAAGAUUCAUUAAAAUUAGUUUACAAAGAAGGAGGGCUUAGAAGAUUUUAUAGUGGUAAUUUAGUAUAAUUUUCAAAGGAUUCAUCUAUAGAUAAAUUAGUAAAAGUGCAGAGUUUGUAGUACUUUGGGAAGCUUUUAAUUAAUGGUCAGAAGUUAAAAAUAUAAAUGUUAAUCCAAUAAACUUUUUAUUAUCAUUUAUGAUGGGACUUACGAUAACAUAUACAUUUGUUCCAUUUAAUUCUUUAUACUACUUUUAACAAGUUUAUGGUUAGAAAGAUGGAAAAGAGCUGUUAUUUUAUAAAGUUAAAUAAAAUGGUGCAUCAAGCUUUUAUCAAGGAUUUUGGUCUCUUUUUUUAGGAAGUUUUUUAGGAAGUAUAAUAGCAUUUCCAGCCUUGUAAAAUUAUUAAACAUAUAAUAACUAAAAAGAAAAUAAAAAAAAUGAAUAAUGUGUAUUUUAUUUGUAUUCGACAUUUUUAACUGCUGAAGUAAUUUCAAACCCAUUCAAAAUAGUAGCUAUUUAAAAAUUGACAAGCAUGGAAAACAAAUCCUAUGGAUAAAUUUAUAAUUAAUUAAUAUAAGAGUAGGGCUAUCAAUGGAUUUUUAGAUCUAUAGAUACUAAACUAUUGUAUUCCUUAAUAAAAUCCUUAUUUAUUGUUUAUGCCUUUGAUUAUAAGAAACUUUCAAAAGAAAUUUGA